AUUCAGCUGCUUUUGAAGUGAAAAUUUCUACCAGUUCGUACUUCGGGAGUACAGAGCGAGGACCUGCACACACAGAGACACAGAGACGCACAGACUGACGCACUGAAGGCGCAGCGCUCAUGGUGCCAGACACAGCCACGGAUCUGCGAUAACCUCGCACGGUCGCUCUCUUCUUCUUCUUCUUCUUCUUCCACACAGCUGCCGCGCCUUGCUCCCUUUAUUCUACCAGGAUUAUACUUAUUAUUGAAGCGUUUUUUACCAUUCUUUUUUUUUUUCCUUGCUGUUUUUUUUCUUCAUGAAUCUAACGCCGCCGUUUCAUUUCCUGACUGAAUUGGGACAUGAUCACGUCGCCCUCGGCGUCUGUCCUCAAACAUAGUGGUAUUUGUGUAGCAGCAGCCUGGGAAAGCAGCAGCAGUUGUCGGAAUAGCAGCUCAGCGAGCAUCAACAAGCCUUUUCUCCACUCCGCACCUCCGUCUGAUCCACUACGGCAAGCGAACCGAGUUCCCAUCAAGGUUUUGAAAAUGCUUACCGCCCGGUCGGGACACAUCUUGCACCCGGAGUAUCUGCAGCCUUUACCGUCUACACCCAUCAGUCCCAUAGAGCUAGAUGCCAAGAAAAGUCCCUUGGCUCUGCUGGCUCAGACCUGCUCUCAGAUCGGCAAACCGGACCCGCCACCUUCCUCCAAACUCUCCUCCGUCACCAAUGGAUCUAGUGAGAAGGAAUCUAAAUCCGGUCCUCUGAAAAUGAGCGACAUCGGUGUGGAUGACAAGUCGAGCUUCAAACCUUACUCUAAGCCAUCAGACAAGAAGGACUCCUCGUCCUCGAGCGAGAGAGGAGAGAGAGGAGAGUCUCGUGAGAAGUCUGGUUUCCGCGUGCCGAGCGCCACCUGCCAGCCGUUCACGCCUCGGACAGGCAGCCCAAACUCCUCCACCUCUGCGUCACCCAUGCCAUCCGAGGGGAAAUGCGGCGGGGAUGACAAGAAAGAGUCUGAUUGCAACAACAAAAAUGGCUCUACGGACGGCUCUGGCACCACUAGCCACAGCAGGAUAAGCGUGAGCUGUGGUGGAAUUAACGUGGAGGUCAACCAACACCAGGAGACGACGCCGGGCUCUAAAAACACCUCCUCUUCGGACUCUGUAACUUCUGUAUCCUCCGCGUCAGUUCUCGGCUCAGCAGGACUCGUGGCGCCGGUUUCUCCUUACAAACCCGGGCAGACAGUUUUCCCUUUGCCUCCUGCCGGUAUGACGUACCCAGGUAGUUUGGCUGGGGCCUACGCAGGUUACCCUCAACACUUCCUGUCCCACGGAGGGAGCUUGGUGAACGCACAGCUGGCCAACUCACUAGGGUGCAGUAAGGCCGGCUCUCCUCUGGCUGGAGCUUCUCCGCCCUCCAUCAUGUCCGCCAGCCUCUGCAGAGACCCUUACUGCCUCAGUUACCAUUGUGCCAGCCACUUAGCGGGCGCAGCCAGCGCGUCCUGCACGCACGAGUCCGCAGCUGCUGCAGCGGCCGCAGCGAACGCGCUCAAAAACAGCUACCAACUCAUGUACCCGACGCACCACAUGCACGGCGUCCACACGUCGGCUCCGUCGUUUACCGGACACCCCUUGUACCCGUACGGUUUCAUGCUCCCAAAUGACCCUCUGCCUCACGUUUGUAACUGGGUGUCUGCAAACGGACCGUGCGACAAGCGGUUCUCCUCCUCAGAAGAGCUGCUGAAUCACCUGAGGACUCACACUGCUUUUACCGGAGCAGAGAAGUUGAUAUCUGGGUAUCCCGGGUCUUCAUCGCUGGCCAACGCAGCAGCAGCGGCCAUGGCGUGUCAUAUGCACAUGCCGCCUUCAAGUGCGCCUGGGAGUCCCGGGACUUUGGCUCUGAGGAGCCCGCAUCACGCGUUAGGACUCAGCAGCCGGUAUCAUCCGUACUCCAAAAGCCCGCUGCCAACCGGAGCGCCUGUUCCGGUGCCCGCUGCCACCGGCCCUUACUACUCCCCUUACGCACUGUACGGACAGAGACUCACCACAGCUUCAGCGCUUGGAUACCAGUGAGAGGGAAAAACAAACAAAAAAGGACUUUGAGAAGUUUAUAGUUCUAAGAAUGCAAAAAUAUAAAGACUUUUAUAUUAACAGCGCUAAAACUUAUGGGCGGGAUCCGUGGACUUUCAACUGUAUUUAUUUAUAUGUCUGCUUAAAAGCAGGCUGAUAAUAGCUGAAAAAUGGAGAAAAAUAUUUGAGUAACUCAAAAAGUGCAUUAUGUUGAACUCUUAUUGGUAAAAAUGAAAACAGACACACACACACACACACACAUGCAUACACACACACACAUGUUAGAGUACUAAUUAAAGUAGGGUUCUUCAUUUCGAUGUUAAUUUGAAAUUGCUAUGAUUGUAUUUGUUCUUAUUUAAUGUCUCAUUGAGAAAGAAAAAUAAUUUACAUGCAUGUUUGUUUCUUAAAAAUUUCAGAAAAAUUGUCCACAUUUUAAAUUGCCGUUAUUUUUCAGGUGUGUGUACACCUUGGAAAGAGAAUUGGUAUUUUUUUGUAUGUAUUCUGGAAAAAAAUAAGAAACAAUUCUGUUCCAUAUCUCCGUGUGCCUCAUUUUCUGAAGUAUUAUUCAGUGUAAAAAUAAUAGUUGGAUUUAUAUUCCACUGACAGUUUUUUUUUUUUUUUAAAUUGGUCUGUUAAAUUAAUGGGGUUAUAAGAAAACCUCAUUGAUCAUUUCCGCAACAUGGCCUAUAUAUAUUUUCUAGGCUGUCAUACUUUUUAAAAUAAGUCAUUGCUGUUUUAUCAGAAGUCAUUUUGACGAUCUGCUGAUAUGUGCAUUUUUCUUUCUUUCUUUCUGUCUUUCUUUCUUUCUUUCUUUCUUUUUAUUAUAUUAGUUUAUAUGCCAAAUAACUAAGAAGCUUUAAACGUUUACUUUUAUCAGAGCACAUGUGUUAUAAAGUUUAAAUUACAUGCAACUUGAAUGAGAGUGGGAAUUGGUUGUGUGUGUGUGUGUGUAGCCUCUGUGUGUUUGAGAAGGUGUGUGUGUAUACAGAGUUAAACGGGCUUUAUAAAGUGAAUUUGUACGAGAUAAUUUAGUUUACUGGUGGGUAAAUUUUGUCAAUAAGUUGUUUGAUAUAUUAUUUGACAGGUGUUGUAGCUUACACGCUACUUUACCUGCGUAAAAUAAAAAAGAUUGUGAAAUACGCCAGGAAAAAAAAGUUGGAAAAGGACAGCAUAUUUUCUGUGGAUUAUAAGCACAGACAUGCGUUUUAAAUUGCUAAAAUAAAACUAUCCAAAAAAAAACAAAAAACAGUGAAAAUCAAUUUUACAACUUUAAGAGAAAGACGGACGUUGACUUGAAUAAUUUGCUGGUUUCAGGUUUAAUGCACUAGAAAUUUUACAACCUUUUUUUUUAAAAUUAAUUUAUGAUGAAGCUGUUGUGGACCAAGAGCAAGCCUCUGAUGCUCCACCAGGGUGAUAUUUCGACGUGGAGGCCAUUAACUGGUUUAUAUAUAUGUGAAAUUAUAGGUUAUUUUUCAUCAUUAUCAGGAUGCCAGGAUGCUAUUAUUUUUAAUUAUUUGCAUUUGAUAAUCUCAUCCACCUGUAAAUCUAAUGUACACAGCACUACAUUUGUUAUUAAAAAAAAGAUCUUGUGCAAA